AUGAUCAACGAUAUACGAUAUUUUACAGAUUUGAUUAAAAGCUCCGUCGAACUUAGAGAAUUAUUGGAGGCUCUUGACUAUCUGAUUAAGAAUGGAUCAACUAAACCUGUAGUUGGUGAACCAGCACCCGAUUUGACACCACUCGAAGAGUUCAAGAGUAUCGAGAAGUUACCAGAGUUGGUUGAAGCCCUAUGGUGGAAAUUGACACAAUCCUCUGAACUGGCAGUCAAAGUCCGGACUUUCUUUCAGAUUUGUAUAGCUAUUUCCUUAAAGAAGAUUGCCAAAGACGAUAAUCCCAAUGAGUAUCUUAAGGUUUUAAUGAAUAUUUUCUCACCAAAACCAUUCCAAAGGAACAAUGAAUAUAGAUAUAAUCAAGAAUAUGUUGAACUCCCAAACAAGUUUACAAAAAAGAAUACAAUUGAUGAACCAGAUGCAGAGGUAGAGGAGUUUAUAAAGCUUGUGGUUAAUAGAAUUUUGUCGACACCAGACGAGGAGUUCAAGAAUGAAAGCAAGAAAGAUUUGGAUUUUUGUUUGAAAUAUCUCAACAGUAUUGUAUCAAACAUCACAGAGAAUCCAUUUACAAUGAUGAUCCAACUCUACAGUAUGGAUAUUGCUCUCAAGUGUUUCAAGUCUGUAUCUCUCGAGAAGAGAAAUGCAGGUUUAAAUGAUAUAAUCCGUUUCACCAAGUUUGAAUCUUAUCAUGCUUAUACCAGACAAUAUCCCUAUUGUUCUCCAGAGAGAGUUGUGGAGUGGAUCAGAGAAAACAAAAUUGUAGAACUUUUGUUUGGUGAGACUAUGCAUAUUCAAUUACUUCAAAAAUGUACAGAUAUUUUAAAAUUUUUGGCAGAGAAGAAGGCGUUCCAGCGUAAGUACCUCGAUCUUAUGUGGAGUGCUGCCGAGGGUAAACAUGAAACGAUUGAAAAUAACCGUUUCCAGUUCAUGGGUGGAAACAACAAUGGCAAUAAUGUUGGUGGCAACAUUGGUAUCGACGAUUCUCGUGAAACUACAGCUGUUCGUGGUCUGGAAAUCUUUUGGUCACUCCUUCAAGAUAAUAAUAUAAAUAUCGACAAUCAAGAUGAUAACAACAACAACAAUGACCAACAACAACAACAAGACCAACCACCACCACAACAACAACAAAAGAAAGAGUUGUUGGUAAACAUUGACAACGACAAUAAUAGCAACAACAACAACAACAGUGGUGGUUCUAGUAGUCCAACAACAGGUGAGAUGGUUGUUUCAGCUAUUUCACCAGAGUUGACUCACCAGGCUUUGGUUCACCUCCAAGAUGCACUGUACUUUCACCAACAUCAACGUCACGAAUAUCUCAACAAGUGCUUGGAGAACAUCGAGAACCAUCGAUCCGUGCUGUUCUCACUGCGUUUGAUUCAAUAUAUUAUCACGAUUUUCACCGAACGACAGAAAAAGAAUCAACCAAUGAACAGCCACGAAGGAUCGGCUGCCAUCAUCGAUCACAUCAACCGAGAGAUGGGACUGAUUGACAAGUUCUUUGCUCACCUCGAAUACUACAAAGAGCAAUGCAAAGUAGCUAUCAACAACGAGGGAAUGAUGAUAGUCGACGAGCUUGGUGACACCAUCCUCUACGGUCGUCAUUCGCACUCUGAGCAAAUGAACGAGUUCCUAAGCUUCAUUAGCUUCAUCUGGGAGAAAUCCGAUAUACUACCGACCAACGGAAACAUCGAUGUUCUCUGGCAUGUCUACGUUGUAGAUUCAAUCUCUACCAAAGAUAGAGAUUUAUUCUUUAGAUGGAUUGAAAGAUCACUCUGUUUCCAAGAACAAAAUCAUUUAUACUUUUUGGAGAAAUACAAUGAGAUUCCAUUUAACAAUUUGGAAUUAUCUGGUGCUACAUUAUAUAUCAAUUGUAUGAGAGCUGUUAAUCGUGACAGAGGACCUAAAAAUUAUAUAGGUGUAGAGAAUCUUUGGAGAAUCGUUCUUGAAGAUGAAAAUGAAGAAGUUGGCAAAGAAGUCAUUUCAUUCAUUAUUGAUUUGUAUAAAUUUAUGACAACACAAGAUAAGGAUAAAGGCGAUGAAUUCCUUACUACAUGUAUUUCAAAUCUCUCGAAUAUUCCAACUGAUACUGGUGUGUUGAAUAACACUGAUCGAAUUCUUGUUAAUAGAACAUUGGCUUUGAUACAAACCUACCUCGAGGGUUUCGGUUCGAGAAUCAAAGACUCUUUCAAAAAGAAUUUCUCGCCGACCAUCACCGUCCACUUUAACAAUCAAAAGAGUCGUUUGCAAAUGCAGAUCAGAAGCAACGAGACUAUUGGCCAAAUCAAGGCAAGAUUGGGUAAGCAAAUCAACAUCCAUCCCGGUGCUCUCUAUUUGGUUCACAAUACCAAGGUGUUGCAAUUCGACUACGAGACACUCGAAGACUAUCGCGUGGCCAAUCACGACACCAUUCUCUUCAACGAGUUGGCCGAACCUCGAAUCCAAGACGACGUGCAGCCAAUCACCAUCAAUUUCGACCAGAGUAAAUUCGGUCUACUCUUCUCGUUGUUGUCGAUCGAGGAGAUUGCCCCAACCGUAUGGGAAGUUCUCAUUCUCCUCCCAGUGAAUCGUCAGAUCUUUGACUUGUUGUCCAACAUUCCAGCCGACCAAAAGAACUCACCCAACUGGGAGCACCUACUCGACCACUCCUCCGUAUUCAAGUUACUCUAUUCGCUCUUGAUCAUUGAGAACUUUGUACAGCUUGAAGACAACAACUAUGAGUGGCGUAACCGUUUCAUUGCCACUGGCGGUCUAACCCAGUUGGUCAAAAUCCUCAUGCAAGUGGAUCUCCAACACGAAAGCAAGGGUGCCAAGAGAAAGAGAUGUCUCUCGCUCCUAUUGAAGAUCAUUGUGCUGUUGGUUGUCGAUUUCUCAAACACCACAACCAUCAACCUCGCCUUUAUCUCCACUGCCAAAGUUUCCAACUUUUCAGCUGCCACCUUUUUGAAUCGCUUGAUGGAUCUCGCUUGGAAUCAAACCGCGCCAACUGUUCAAGGGGAAGAUAUGAUGAUCCAGCACCUCACCGACGAUGGAGAUGUCAUCCAGAGUAUCUUUCUUCUCAUUCAAUCAUUGGUUGUCCAACCCGCUCAGAUGGACCAGCUUUUCAACAGAAAGGAUUUCAACAAGUGGUUGUCCCUCUUGAUUCUCGACAGCAGUGACUACACCAUCCGUGAUUCCGUGUUCAACCGCAUCUUGAGUAUCUGCCAAUUCAGUACUAAAGCUCAUGAAUUCUUUUUACACCAAUGUCUCUCACUUCUCUCUGUCAUUGUAGGAUCCGAUCGAUACUCUUUCAGUUGCAAUCAAUUCUUCCAACUGCUGGGAUAUCUUGUUCGUGACAGUUGCAAUGGUGUUGCAGGUGGAUCUGUCAACAACUUUGGCGAGCUCCUCCAACAACUGGUAAUAAUGAUCAAGACACAUCCAGUUGUCGAAUCUUCCAACUACUACCAGCCAGACUAUGUACUUAUUGGUCUGUUUGGUUUGGUUCGUACACUUGUCACCUACUCACUCGAUUUCAAGUUGGAGGCCGGUUACAAAGAGGAUCUUAUCACCGAUCUCUUCCACAACUGUUUGUUUGACAUUGCCACAGCAGAGAACCACGGUCCUCUCUGUCCACCAAAGUGCAAAAACAGAGAGUCACGUGACGCCUGUUUCGCAUUGCUCUUGGAGUUGGCCAAUAACUGCGAAGAAAACUAUCGUAUGUUGGUCUCGCUACUCUUGGAGCAAAACAAACCAGAGGAAAGAAGAACACUCUGGAACUACUUGCCAGCCGGUAACGAGAAGUCCACUUGUGGAUACGUUGGUCUCAAGAAUUUGGGUGCCACUUGCUACAUCAACUCGUUGAUGCAACAACUCUUUAUGAUUCCAGCAUUCAGAUACAGUAUCAUCCAGGCACAAGAAGCCAACCCAACACCAGACAGCUUGCUCUAUCAACUCAAGAUUAUCUUUGCCAACCUCCAAGAGAGUGAGAAGAAAUCUCACGAUCCAAAGGAUUUCUGUAUGGCCUACAAAUACGAAGGACAGCCACUCAAUACCUACGUACAGAUGGAUGUUGAUGAGUUCUUCAACAUGUUGUUCGAUCGUCUGGAAAACCAACUCAAGGGCACCAAAGAAGAGAAAUUGCUGUCUGAGUUCUUUGGUGGUGCCAGUGUGAAUCAAUUCAUCUCUCAGGAGUGUCCACAUGUCUCUGAGAGAGAAGAGCCAUUCUACACCAUCAGUCUUGAGGUAAAGAACAAGCGUGAUAUCCUCGACUCGCUUCAGCUGUUUGUCGAGUCAGAGACACUCGACGGUGACAACAAGUACUUCUGUAGUCAAUGUUCACAAAAAGUCAAGUGUCUCAUGAGAAGAUGUGUAAAGAAGCUGCCAAACACACUGAUCAUCCACAACAAGCGUUUCGAAUUUGAUUUGGAUCUCAUGCGUAGAACCAAGCUCAAUGAUCAACUCAAAUUCCCAAUGAGUUUGGACAUGGCACCAUACACCAAGGAGUGUCUUGAGCGUAAGGAAGCCAUUGAGAAUGCCAAAGCCAAAGGAUUGCCAAUCCCAGACAUCCCAACACAUCCCGCUUCUUACUACCAGUAUGAACUCAGCGGUAUUCUUGUACACACAGGUUCUGCAGAGUCUGGACAUUAUCACUCGUACAUCAAGGAGCGUCAACCAUUGAUUCCCGGUCAACCACGUCGUUGGAUUCAAUUCAACGAUCACUCGACAGAGAUUUUCAAUCCUGAAGACAUCUCAAAGGCAUGUUUCGGUGGUUACGAUCACAUCUCUAUGGAUCAAGGAAAGACCAACGUCCGCACCACUCCACGUUACAACAAUGCUUAUAUGCUCUUCUACGAACGUACCAAUCCAGAGGCCGUUCCCAAACCAGAGUAUCAAAACAUCGCUCAGAACGAGGCAUCCAAGUUGGUACCCUCUGAGAUAUUCAAUAGUGUCUGGCGUAAGAACAUGAAAUUCCUUCACGACAAGAAUAUCUUUGAUCCAAACUACUUCCAUUUCAUCUGGCAAUUCCUACACUUGGACCCCAUCAACAGUAAUCGUAUGACCGAUGAAGAUGACCACUUUGAUCAGGUAAUGAUGACCAUUGAGUUGGGAACUAGAUUUGUCAUUGAAACACUCUCGCACUCGAGAGAGAGAAAGACACUUGGUGAUUUCAUCACCUAUAUCUGUUCAUUGUUCUCCACUCACAUAGAAGCCUGCCAAUGGUUCCUCGAUUCGAUGACCUACGACUCAACAUGGAUUCGUCAGAAUAUGUUGGUUUGUCUCACCAAUGAUCCAAGAGAGUCGCUUGCCAAAUUACUUCUUCAAGUGAUCCAAACUCUCAUUCCAAUCGAUCGUCAAUAUUACUUUGAGAUUGAAAAGGAUCCAUCGGUGGAAUCACCAAUGGAAAUCAUUGAGAUUGACGACAACGAUAAUGGUGGUGGUGGCGGUGGUGAUGGCCAAUCUUCACAACAAUCAACUGGCAAACAAAAGGCAAUCACACAAAUGAUUGACCAAGAAAACUACACCAUUAUCGGUGGUCGUUCCAAGUCAUUCAUCGUAAGAUUCAUGGAUACCUAUCUCGAUUUCAUUAAAGAGGCGCCAUUGUUCUGGAGACACUUCCAACAGUACUUCACAUUGAUUCGUGACUUUAGUGUGUUGGGAACCGAAGAGAAGCGUUACCUACUCUCUAGAAAUGUAUUGUCACGUCUUAUCGAUUUCUACAUGGGUGAGGAGUCGCCAUUGUCAAAGACUCAUCCACCACAAAAGAAGACAAAGAUGGGUGACAAGUAUAAUUCACCACAGCACCAAUCCAUGUUGGAAACCGUUGCCAUCUUGACACUUGCCUCACACACUCGUUACUCGAAACUCACAGGACACGUACUUCCAUCACACAAUGAAAAGGAACCGUUGGACAUGAGUGAGGAUGACCUGUACAUGAUUACACAUCCUCACUUUAUUAUGAAGACUAUUCGCGAGAAUAUCAAUCCACGUUCCUCCACUGAGAUUCUUCAACACAUUUGUUUCGGUGAUAUCGAGCUCAGCAAGAUCAUGAUCCAACACAUUCAAAAUAUCGAGGGUAAAGCACCACUCGAUGCCUUGUUACCAUUGAUCACCAUGGAGGAUCACUACUACGCAGAGCGUGCCGAUUUGGCCCUUAGAGCCUAUAUUAAUCUACUCGAUUGUAACAAACAACGUGCAUAUAUCCCACACAUCAAGUAUAUAAUUGAUCAAGCCACGAGCAGUCAAGUCAUUGGCGAUUGGUUCGAGAAGAAUCUCGACGAGUGGUUGAUCAAGUGGACUGUUGUCUCAGAGUCGAUAGAGGUUCGCUCCGAUGCAUUCAACUUGGCAAUUUCACUCUUUAAUCUCUCGGGUCAAGCUCAACUCGAUCACAACAAGAUCCACAGUCUCUUCCUCUACCUACUUUCUCAUGCCAAGGAGGUCAAGAGCAUUGUCAAAGCCGAAAAGGAUAUUCGUGGUGGUAGAGUCGAAUUCUACUUUAGAUUACUCACCCUCUGUAUCGUAAGCAAUGAAGAGAAGAAAGCAUUUGCUCAGUAUUUCGCACCACUCGUCAAGAUGCUGCAAAUUCUCAUUACCUCGAAUGUGGCCAUCGAGAGAAGCAGACAAGAGAUCAUCAGAUUCUUUGCUGCCAUGCUCAAGGAUUGUCCAGAGAAUAUUAAACUACUCCUCGAAGAUCCAAUUCACAACAAGAUUAUGGAUUACUUUAUCAGUAUUUCGCCAAAGGAAGAAUUCAGAAUGUUCAACCAAAAAUCAUUGCCCUAUUUCUACCAGGUCAUCUUGUAUAUGUCACAACAGAGUUUGGAAUUCCUCAACUUUGUUGCCACUCAUAACAACUACACAUGGGCACUCUCCUUUUUGUACUUGGAGUGUAUCGAUUACACAGAUGUUGCCAACAUUCUCUUCCAGUUGACAGAGCUCAUUGCACAAAAGUUCCCACAACACAUCUCGAGAAUAUUGCACCACUGCAUUAGCUUCCCUAACUUCCAUCUGUGCCUGGCCAACUGUGUCACCAUUCUCAACUUGUUGGUCAACAAGAAGAAGGAUGCUGCUAUGCUCUUCCAGAAUUUCCAAAACAACAACAAUAUCAAUGAGCGUUGGGUUCCAAUUGAGAUACUUUGCAAGCAAUUGAGAACGAAAUCUCAAAACCCAGCCGGUGUAAAGUUGAUCGAGUUCAUCAGCAAAGUACUUGCAUUGUUGCGUAAGGAAUCAUCACCCAAUCUCAACAAUGGUGAGAUCGCUGGAGAUCAACCACAGUCACCAACUCAAUUGAAUAUUUGGGACAGCAAUUAUCCACCAUUUAAAUUGGUUGUAUCGGCACUCUUUAAUGCUGCUGAAUCGGGUACCCUCUACCACAAUCACAUUAGCAAGGUUUUCAAUCAGAUCUCCUGUGAAUAUCCAGAGGGUAUCAUUUUGGUAUUGUACGAUAUGUUCAAUAAGAGAAACGGUCCAAACUUUGAUACCGAAUCAUUGAACAACAACAACAACAACAACAAUAAUAAUAAUAAUAACAACAAUCAACAACAGCAACAGAACCAACUACAACAACAACUAUUGACUCCAGAGUCAUUCUACAAAUUGUUGUUGGAUACAAUCAAUCUAUGCUCAUUGAAUCAUCCAAAUCCAGCUGUUCAACAAAAGGGUAUCAACCUGACAUUCAAGAUCAUCAAGGAAAUGUUGACCAUCGGUCUCGAGAGCGCCUAUCAAGUACUGAGCAAUAUGGUAUCAAAGAAUCCGAUUCAAAUUAAAGACGAAGAGAAAGUUUCAAUCAUGACCUACGCAGUAAAGAAUCCACAUACAAUGUUGAACCAAGAGUUCUUCCUCAUUAUCAAGAAGUUCUUUACCGAUACUGAGCGUCUAAUGUCGAUGGAGUCCAACAUGAUUUUCGCUGGAUUAAUCAGAUCACUCGAAGAUCAAAUCAGCACCUCGAUCGCAUCGAUCAACUCUCUUGGAUUCCCGCUUCAAUCGGCACCAGCAGAAGUCGAAGCCGAUAUUGACCAACACUUGGUUCAACUCACCAACUCUUUGAAAUCCAUCGAAGUUUUGGGUGGUAGUGGUCUUGGUUCUCAACACAUCACACCAAUCUACGAAAUCCUACAAGCCUUUAGCACAGAGAUCACCGAUGACAAUGUCUCUAGUAAAGCAAAGCUUUUCAAAUCAAAUUUAGAAUCCUUGAAAUUCAACACUUCUCAAAAAAAAGAUCAAUAA